AUGCAUGUUUUGUUUUUGUGUGAAGGGAGUUGUUGGGCGUUCUCGACUGUGGGGGCAGUGGAAGGCUUAAACAAGAUCGUGACGGGAGAUUUAGUAACUUUAUCAGAACAAGACUUGAUUAAUUGUAAUAAGAAGAGUAAUGGUUGUGAGGGAGGCAAAGUCGAGACUGCCUAUGAGUUCAUCAUUAACAAUGGAGGUCUUACUACCGACAAGGAUUAUCCUUAUAAAGCUGUUAAUGGAGUUUGUGACGGGCGCCUCAAGGACAACAAGAAUAAUGUUAUGAUUGAUGGGUAUGAAAAUUUGCCCCCAAACGACGAACUCGCUCUAACAAAAGCGGUUGCUCACCAACCUGUGACUGCCGUGAUUGAUUCCAGCACUCGGGAGUUUCAGCUUUAUGAAUCGGGAGUUUUUGAUGGAACGUGCGGAACAAACCUAAACCAUGGAGUUGUUGUGGUCGGAUAUGGAACCGAGAACGGUCGUGACUAUUGGAUUGUGAGAAACUCAUGGGGCAAUACAUGGGGAGAAGCUGGCUACAUGAAGAUGGCUCGCAAUAUUGUGCAUCCAAGAGGUUUAUGUGGCAUCGCGAUGCGAGCUUCAUACCCGCUCAAGAACUCGUCUUCUACUGCUAAAAGCUCUCUCGUCUGA